CCCCGCACGUAGUCUGAAAGGCUGAUGUUGCUUCUUUUCUUUCUCAUUCUGAGCUUUGGUUGGCUGGGAAAUAUAAGCGCGCAAUGACAUUUUGUCUUUUUUAUAUGUUGCAAUUUUCACCAUAAUUCUAUUUCUUCUAACACUUUUUUUUACCCAAUUUAAAAAUCACAUGACGCGUUUGGGUCCCCGCAGCCAGAAGAAGACAACUUCCUGCGUGUCGGCGCACAAAGUGGACAACCCGUGAAGCCGCAAUAGUGCGUUAUGGAUUCACUGCGGCGGCGCAAAGAUGUUUAAUAUCUCUGUGCGUCAUUUUCAUUCUACCUGCGCCGAGGAGGACGCAGUUUGGCGGCGUGCGCCCGACCCCACCAGACCGCGGCUGCGUGGAUAUUUGCGCCUUAUUUUGCUUUGUGAGUUCCUGCAACUUUCUUUGUGCGCCAGCGUGUCGGGAGCCCGCCUAGCGCACGAAGGUCUUUGCCCCAACAAGCUCAACAACAACCUGUGGGUGGACGCGCAGAGCACCUGCGAGAGAGAAUGCAGCCUUGAUGAGGAUUGUGCGGACUUUGAGAAGUGCUGCACCAACGUGUGCGGACUCAGCAGCUGCGUGGCCGCACGUUUCUCCGAUGGCACACCUGCUCAGCCCGGCGGCCUCGGCGAAGUAGCCACGAUGGCGGCCACGUGCGAUGGCUUUAUCUGCAGCCAGCAGGGAGCCACCUGUGACAUCUGGGAUGGCCAACCCGUCUGCAAGUGCCAGGACAGGUGCGAGAAGGAGCCCAACUUCACCUGCGCCUCGGACGGCCUGACGUACUUCAACCGCUGCUACAUGGACGCCGAGGCCUGCGUUCGCGGCGUGACGCUGACGGUGGUCGCCUGCAGGUUCUACCUGGCAGGGCCUCACACCAGCCCGUCGGCGCCGCAGGACACCACCGCCUACCCCACGCCCACGUCCUCCCGGGAGGAGCCCAUGUCCCCCACGCUGUACUCCAACCCUCGCCACCAGUCCGUCUACGUCGGCGGCACGGUCAGCUUCCACUGCGACGUCAUCGGCGUCCCCAGACCCGACGUCACCUGGGAGAAGCAAAGCGACCGCCGUGAGCGCCUGGUCAUGAGGCCGGAUCAGAUGUACGGGAACGUGGUCAUCACCAACAUCGGGCAGCUGGUCAUCUACAGCGCCCAGGUGUGGGACACGGGAAUCUACACCUGCGUCGCCCGCAACUCAGCGGGAGUGCUCCGCGCCGACUACCCUUUGUCGGUCAUACGCCGGGCUGGCGACGACUUCUCCGAGGACCCCGACAUGCCCAUGGGGAGGCCCUUCUCGCCGGCGGACUGCCUGGCGGAAGCGGACACCAGAGUGUGCAGCGGCGAGCGCCACGUGGAUUGGUUCUACGACGGCAAGCUGGGCACCUGCGCGGCCUUCAGCAAUGGCGGCUGCGACGACAGCCGCAACCGCUUCGAGACGUUCGAGGAGUGCAAGGCGUCGUGUCAGCGCGAGGGAGCGGGGGUCUGCUCCUUGCCGGCGGUCCAGGGGCCAUGCAAAAACUGGGAAGUGCGUUGGGCUUGGAACUCCAUGAUGAAACGAUGCCAGGCGUUCGCCUACGGCGGCUGCCAAGGCAACGCCAACAGCUUCCGCACGCAGAAGGAGUGCGACGCCCACUGCCCGACGCCCAGAAGGAAACCUUGCAAGGCGUGUCGGGUCAAAGGGAAAAUGGUGCCCAGCUUAUGCCGCAGCGACUUCGCCAUCGUGGGGCGGCUGACCGAACUGGUGGAGGACCUGGACUCCGGAUUGGCGCGCUUCAGCCUGGAGGAGGUUCUCCGAGACGAGAAGAUGGGUCUGUCCUUCUUCAACACCGAGCACUUAGAGGUGACCAUCGACAAGAUAGACUGGACGUGUCCCUGCCCCAACAUCACCCUGGAGGAGAACCCGCUGCUGGUGAUGGGGAUGGUGCAGGACGGCGUGGCCAUCAUCCAGUCCGACAGCUACGUCAAAGCCGUCACGGAACGCAGACUCAAGAAGCUCCGGGAAGUUCUGGUGAAGAAGAGCUGCCAGACGUCGUAAAAGUCUCAGGACCUGUUCUUGCACAGAUGGCGGCACCAACUGAUGGUCAUGAGGAACAUUUAGCACUGAACUGACACUGUUCAUGUCAGAUGAUUGCGGUUCUACUGGGUACCACAAUCCAAAUGUCUUCUUCUGCUCUUACAAAUACUUCUUCAAUGUUUUUUGAUUCUGUUUUUUAACUACAUUUUUCUCCAACACAUGACCAUGCUUUUUUUAAGAUUCCGGUUCUUAAAGAAAAAUGUCUACAAACUUUUGCUUUUUAUUUCAUUUCAGACUAAAAAUGUAGCCGUUAUUUUACCCCUUUUUUCAUAUGACUUGGUUUUGACCAAAAAUGUAUGCCAAAUUGUUACCAAUUUUUUCUUAGGAUUCGGGUUUGGAAAAAAAGAAAGCAACACUUUACUUUGCUUUUUGCAUGAUUCAAGUUUUUAAGGAACAUUUUCCACAAAAUGUUGCCUUGCUUUUUGUGUGCCCGAACCUUUAUCCCCUUUUUCUAUUUAAGUUUUUUACAAUAUUUUUCUUCAACACAAACCUUGCUUUUGGAUGAUUCCAGUUUUUAAGGAAACAUAACUACCAACUUUUGCUUCUUAUUUCGUUUCUGACUAAAAAUGUAGCCGUUAUUUUACCCCUUUUUUCUUAUGACUUGGUUUUGACUAAAAAUGUAUGCCAAACCUUUACCCCUUUUUUUCUUAGGAUUUGGGUUUGAAGAAAAAAAAUGCAUCACUUUUCUUUGUUUUUUGUAUGAUUUUCCACAAAAUGUUGCCCUGCUUUUUGUGUUCGCCAAACCGCUAUCCCCUUUUUCUAUUUAGUUGUUUUUUUUUUUUACAUCAUUUUUGUCUAACACGUGACCCUGCUUUUUGUGUGGUUCCGGUUCUUAAGGAAACAUUCCUACAAACUUUUGCUUUGCAUUUAAUUCCCGACUAAAAAUGUAGCCGUUAUUUUCCCCCUUUUUUUGUCCCAUUCUGUUUUCGAUGAACAUUUCUGCCAAAAUUUCACUUGGUUUCUUAAGGAUUUUAAGGAGCAUUUUUACCAUAAUUUAACCCCUUUGUUCAUAUGAAUUGGUUUUGACAAAAAAUGAAAGCCAAACCUUAAUCCCUUUUUUUUUAUGAUUCGGGUUUGAAGAAAAAGAAAGCAACAUUUUACUUUGAUUUUUGUAUGAUUUAAGUUUUCAAGGAAAAAUGUCCACAAAAUUUUGCCUUGCUCUUUGUGUUCACCAAGCCUUUAUUCCCUUUUUGUAUUUUGGUUUUUAAGAUAACUUUUGUCUAACACAUGACCCUGCUUUUUGUAUGAUUCCGGUUCUUAAGGAAACAAACUAUUACUUCGCAUUUCACCUCAGACUAAAAAUGUAGCCAUUAUUUUACCACUUUUUUUUGUUGCAUUCUGUUUUCGAUGAAAAUUUCUGUCGAAAUUUAACUCGGCUUGUUGUAUGAUAAAGAUUUUUGACAAGCAUUUCCCCCAUAAUUUUCAUAUGACUUGGUUUUGACCAAAAAAUGUAUGCCAAACUUUUACCCCUUUUUUCCUAUGAUUCAGGUUGGAGAACUGUUUUUUUUUUUACAUUUUACUUUGCUUUUUGUAUGAUUUAAGUUUUCAAGGAACAUUUUCUACAAAUUGUUGCCUGACGUUUUGUGUUGAGCGAAAAUCUUCGGCCUAAUUUUACCUCCUUUUUCCAAAUUUGGGUUUUUGAUUGAUUUUACCAUACUUGUAUCCUGUUUUUCAAAUGAUUUGGGUUUUUGACUGCACCUAUCUUAUAAUUUGGGUUUUCGAUGAGAAUUUUCGCCCAAAAAUAUACCGUGCUUUUUGUAUCAUUCAGUUUUCCAAAAUUCUACCUCGCUUUUUGUGUUUGACAAAAAUUUCCGACGAGACUUUACUCUCUUUUAAAUGCCGUCUCAGUCAUUAAACAGCCACUUAUUGCGGGUUAAAAAAAAGUCUGUAAGCUUGCUUAUUAUUCUGCGGCACUGAAGUACCACUGUAAACUAUACGUUUUUUUUAUAUUGUUGUGUUCUUUCUUAAUGGUGUUUUUAUAUGUAUGCCUAAAUAUGUAAAGUGCAGCUCAUACGUAUCUCUUUAAGGUUAACUGUACAUAUAUCAUUGUAAAUAUCAUAGGAUUAGCAGCAAAGAGGCAAAGACAAUAAAUCCCGCUGAAAGGCGUUAUUUUA